AUGGACCCGGGGGCCGUGGUCCUCGUGAUGGUCGCGCUCCGCGCGAAAGGGCACCCAGGGAAGACGACACCGGCGGAUUCCAGGAACGUGUUGUCUUCACUCGACGUAUUGCAAAAGGUCGUGAAAGGAGGGCGUCGCCUUCGCUUCAAUGCCUUGGUUGUGGUUGGCGACGGUCAGGGCACUGUGGGUGCCGGCCUGGGGAAGGCGCUAGUUAUUCCGGACGCGGUGCGAAAGGGAAACGCGGUCGCCCGUCGCGAGAUGGUCACCAUUCCUCUGAAUGGAAGCACGAUCCCGCAACAGAUUACCGUAAAGAAGGGCGCCACCAUCGUGCUAAUAAAGCCUGCCCGCGAGGGCACGGGAGUAAUCGCGGCUGGCGCUAUGCGGGCCAUACUGGAACUUGGCGGCGUCAAGGAUGUCGUCGGGAAGUCCCUGGGUUCGCGGAACCCCAUUAACAUCGUGUACGCGACCAUGGAGGCGCUGCGCCAGCUGAAAGAUCCGGCAACGGAACUGGCUAAGCGUGGCUUGCGCCCCGCGCCCGUUGCUGCAGCUGUAGCAGCAGAGGGCGCAGCAAGUAGUACAGCAGAGGGCACUUAA